UUGUGUAUAAACAUUAAACAAUGCGAUAAGUGAUAACUGAUAACAACUGUCUUUGUUUUGUUUCUAUAAUGCAUUGAGUAAUACUAUAACUACAGUAGUCAGUAGUCAGUACUCUAUGAUCAAAUUACUAUUGUAAUGUAAAUACAUUUCUUCAGAGUUCAGCUGUGUGGCCGUUUUUAAAAUGAAUAAAACGAGAACGAUUUUUAUUUUGGAUGCGGGGGCGUUGUUUACCUUGCAAAUAUUGCAAUUCUUCAGUCUGGAUUAUUACAUUAUGAUUGUGUUCCAGAACACUUGGUACUCCAGAUAUCCAAACAUACUCUUCCUGAUGCUCAACAUAGUGUUGACAUUAUUGUUCUACCAUACUUUCCUCAACUGUUACAGAGAAUACAAAUAUGAACGCAGUAAACAGACAGGAAAUCUAGUCGAAUGCAAAGCUAAGUAUCCUGUAUAUCUAAACUGCAUCACCUGGGUCACAUAUGUGACCAUGUUGUUCAGUAAAAUCAUGAUGAUUUUUUCCAACAAUGUCAUCUCGUUGGUUUCCAAUGAUGAUUUCAUGGGACCUCAAAUGCUCAAGUUGCUUAUUGGCGUUUCUGGUGUUGUAUUUUAUCUGUUAAUCAGUGCUGAAUGUUUUGGACGGCAAGUAGAUCGUGAUAAAUGGCCAACAAAUGCAUGUAUUAUUGAGAUUUUUGAUUCUGUUGAAAUAUUAUCGAUAGUCAUAGCAUCAAAUAUUAAAAUUGGGUACAUAGAGUAUUUAAUCUACACUACAGCAUUUUUAAACUUUAUGUUACCAUUAUGGGUACUGUAUAAUGUUUCUCAACCAGAUAUUGAUACCAAGCCAAUGGGACUUCCACAACCAGUAUGUUAUAAUUUUAUGCAUUUAAUGUUAGUUCAAAUGCCUUUUUUGGGCAUCCGGAUGUAUAUGUGGAUUGUGUUCAAUCAAAAUGCCUCAGUGUUCAUCAUGAAAAAUGUAUUACACUUGUUAUUUUUUUUGCAUUCAUUGUAUCCAUACAUAAAAGAAAUUUCUAAGAAAAACCAAUAUAGUCCUAAAACUUGUCGUGAUGAAGAUAUGCCAGAAAUUCUUUUGACUAAUCGUAAGCAUGAUGAACCCAAUGAAUUACUUUAAAUGAUAAUUCGUUAAAGAUAUUAACAUGACCUACUCAAUGAAACAAAAAUAUCCCAAUCAUUUAUGAUAAUAUUAAUUAUAUUUUUAGAUAUACAUAUAUAUAUUUUUUAUAAUGUAUAUUUUAUACAAAUGUACAUAAGUUUUUACCUUUCUAGUUACACAAUUAUUUUUACUUUUUACUUUUUACUUUUUUCAUGUAUAAAUUAAAUGUUCAAAAAAGACUAAAUAUGUGUUCAAAAAUGAUUCU